GCCGGGGAGGAGGGGCGCCUGCUCCCUGCCCCGCCCCCAGGCGGUGACUCAUCCCCGAGCCCCGGCGACAGAGGUGAGCCGCCGGGGGAUGAGGGCCGAGAGGCGGGGCAGCCAGGUUGCGCAGGUCUGCGCUCCACCCUCCGCGCGUGUAGAGCGCGCAGUCCCUCGACGAGCUCGCACCUUAUUCCCUGUCCGGGAACCCUUCGCCGCCGUCCUCCCGACGCGGACCUGCUCGCCCGAGGCCUCGCGCCGCCCGGCCGGCCAGGGGGCUCCCCGCGCGCCUUCCGCGAGUCCCCGGCCCGCCCUGCUCCCCUCCUCUCGGCGCGCUCAGCAUGGCGCCCCCCCAGGUCCUCGCGUUCGUGCUCCUGCUCGCGGCGGCGACGGCGGCAGUAGCCUUGGCUCAGAAGGAAUGUCUCUGUGAAAACUACCAGCUGACUACAGACUGCUCUUACAAUGAAAAUGGUCAAUGCCAGUGUACUUCAAUUGGUACACAAAAUACCAUCAUUUGCUCAAAACUGGCCAGCAAAUGUUUGGUGAUGAAGGCAGAAAUGACUGGCUCCAAGUCUGUUAGAGGAAUGAAACCUGAAGGGGCAAUCCAGAACAAUGACGGGCUUUAUGACCCUGACUGCGAUGAGAAGGGGCUCUUUAAAGCCAAGCAGUGCAAUGGCACCUCCACUUGCUGGUGUGUGAACACUGCUGGGGUCAGAAGAACUGACAAGGACAGUGAAAUAACCUGCUCCGAACGAGUGAGGACCUACUGGAUCAUCAUUGAACUAAAACACAAAGCAAGAGAAACACCUUAUGAUUCUCAAAGUUUGCAGACUGCUCUUCAGAAGGCGAUCACAACUCGUUAUCAACUGGAUCCAAAAUUUAUCACACGUAUUACGUAUGAGGAUAAUGUUAUCACUAUUGAGCUGGUGCAAAAUUCUUCUCAGAAAACUCAGAAUGAUGUGGACAUAGCUGAUGUGGCUUAUUAUUUUGAAAAAGAUGUUAAAGGUGAAUCCUUGUUCCAUUCUUCUAAAAGAAUGGACUUGAGAGUAAAUGGGGAACAACUGGAUCUGGAUCCUGGCCAAACUUUAAUUUACUAUGUUGAUGAAAAAGCACCUGAAUUUUCAAUGCAGGGUCUAAAAGCUGGUGUUAUUGCUAUUAUUGUGGUUGUGACAAUAGCAAUUAUUGCUGGAAUUAUUGUGUUGGUCAUUUCCAGAAAAAAGAGAAUGGCAAAGUAUGAGAAAGCUGAGAUAAAGGAGAUGGGUGAGAUGCGUAGGGAACUCAAUGCAUAACUGCUGUAAUUUGAAGAUUCACUGCAAGAAGGGAAAUUAGCAAAUGGACUCAUUACAAAUGUAUGAGCAUGGGAGAAAGAAGAUCUUCGUUAGUUAACAUCAUAUAUUUGUAAUAGUGAACUGUACCAAAAUACAAACUGCUUGAAAUUGGCUUUACCAAUCUUAAAAUUUUACCACAAGUGUCUUAUAUGUGCAGAUCUAGUAUAAAACCAAGAACUUGGACUGCAUAGUUAAAAUUAUUUAUGCAUAGCAUUGAAGAGUGUGCAUUAAAUGUGCUUUCACAGUAGAGAUUAAAUGACUACUCUCAUUCAUUUGUGAUUGAAAGCUGCCUUUCUGUUUACUUUGAGUCUUGUACAUAUAAACUUUUUU